CGUCAACAUCGUCAUCAUCGCUGCUGCUGCGUCAACGCUAACCUUCGCUUCACUGCUACGUCAACUCGACGAUAUCGACGGUACAUCCACUGCUGCUGACACUUCGUGGGAAUGAGCUGCAAUUGCAUAGUUUGCAAAAGGGAAGUGAACGCAGACAAACCGCCGACGCAUUCACAAGAGGUUCAUUGGUCGCCGAGGGAUGCCACAGACGAUACACAGCGACAACGCAACCAACUUCGUCGGCGUCGAUCGCAAGUUGCGCGAACUCAAAGAGGCGUUUCUGUCCCAGUCUCCGGAAGUAAUGGAAUUCGCCGCCGAAGAAGGGUUCAAAUUCGCCUUUAUACCACCGAGGGCGCCGCACUUCGGCGGGUUAUGGGAGGCGGCAGUGAAGUCCGCCAAACACCUCGCCGUACGCGCAAUGGGCAACGUGCUGCUCACCGCCGAAGAUCUAGGAACACUGCUGGCCGAAGUGGAGGCCAUCCUCAACUCGCGGCCCCUCGCACCGUUGAGCCAGGAUCCCAACGACCACGGGCACAAGUGUCAACGGACCCAAUUCGCUAUUGCGAGAGAUGGCAACUUUCUUCAGGAACACAACAAAUGGCUGCACCCGAAACGCAACCUGCAGCCCGGCGAUCUCGUCCUCAUCCACGAAGACAACACGCCACCGCAGCAGUGGGCACUAGGACGAAUCGCCGCAACCGUAGAAGGACGAGACGGAAAGGUGCGAGUGGCAGACGUAGUAACCAAGGCAGGCACCAUUAAGCGCCCUAUUCACAAGCUAGCCCUGCUGCCUAUCGAAGUUGAAGGAUCAUAA